AUGUUCCCUGUGCACAAUUCUUCUUUCAAUGUGAUUAGUCUUAUCGACAAUAGAUAUUCUGGAAAAGUAUUCGCUGACCGAUCCUUUCUACAUCACCACAACAUCACGACUCAACCCUUACCCUAUCGCCGUGAACUCUGUCUUGCAGAUGAUAAAGUCGCAGACAUUAUCACCGACUACUUUGUAAUGGAUAUUGCAAUGGGUCUGCACAACGAAAUAUGGCUAUUUUUUGUUACAAAACUCUCUUCUGAUACACCUGUUAUUUUUGGGUUACCCUGGCUGCAAUGCCAUAACCCACAUAUUGACUGGACCAAUAUGACUCUGUCAUUCAGCUCACAAUACUGCUCUUCGCACUGCUGCCAUUGGGAUGCCAUACAACCAAUAUUAGCACCGACUGUUCUCUCGCUGGCACGAGCAGAAAAGCCCCUGCUCAACAGCACCGAAACAAAUUAUCGCUCGCCCUACGUUGAAGACACCCUAGACGAAGGAUACGAGUGCUCUUCCGAGACAGAAAAUGAUUUACCAAUCGAUAAGAAGCUGACGCCAGGAAUAGACCACUAUCAAACAAGAACAUGCACUAGCGGACCCACUGCAAGAGCAAGAAUGAUAUCUAACCGACAACCUUCGCAUCACGAAGCUGUCCAGAGAAUCGCAGGAAGCCGCCGCCCCCAACCAAAGCCCAGGAAAGAACCACUCUUACCACUUUCCGUUCCAAUACCAACCGAACUGCAAGAACUCGAGGGACCAGAUCUCACCGAUAUCCGUUGGCUCCGAGCCCCAAGCUUCGUCUCCUUCUGCCAUCAAGAUAAAAUCAGAUCGAUACCCAUGCCUUCGCUAUCCGAACGAGAUUUCUUCAAUAUCUUAUAUGGCAAAGGAAUAGUCUCAGAAGCAUUAGCCAAAGUUUCACCAGACCUUCACGACUUUGUUUAUGACUGCUAUCGACCAGUGCAUCUACGAAAGAUCUCGGCAGAGGAUGUUGAGAAAUUUCUUACUGCUAAACCUCCCCUCAGCAACAACGAAAUUCGAGAGAAGCUCCCGGACUGGCUCCAUGAUAAGCUGCCCGCUUUCCUACAACGCCACGCAGACAUGCUCCCACCGCGUCGAGCUUGGGAUGACAAAAUCGAACUGAUGCCAGGAAAAGAAUCCCCUUACUUUAAGAACCGUCCACUAUCACCCUUAGAACUUAAAGUAGUCCGCAAAUAG